AUGUCCAUUUCUGGGACUCUUAGCAAUUAUUAUGUCGACUCUAUUAUAAGUCAUGAAAGUGAAGACUCGCCUUCAGCUAAAUUUUCAUCUGGGCAGUAUACGAGUUCCAGGCAAGCUGGCCACAAUGAGCAUCUAGAAUUCCCCUCCUGUAGUUUUCAGCCAAAACCUCCAGUUUUCAGCGCCUCCUGGACUCCUUUGAAUCCACAUUCUUCGGGUACCCUUCCUGCCGUCUACCAUCCCUACAUUCAGCAUCAAAGCGUCCCAUCUGACGGCAGGUAUCUACGGAGCUGGCUGGAUCCAGUGCCCAGAGCAGAGAGCCUCCCCGGGCAGGGCUCUGUUAAGGCAGAGCCGCUGCUGGGCCGUCCCGGGGAUGUCCAUAAACAGGGAACACAGGAGUACAAUUUAGAAACUUCUGCUGCAAGGGAAGGGAUCGUUUCCACUCAGAGGCCCAGCUUCGAGGACAAUAAAGUUUGUGAAGGAAGCGAAGACAAAGACAGGACAGAUCAAACCAACCCAGCUGCCAGCUGGCUUCACGCCCGUUCCUCCAGGAAAAAACGAUGCCCUUACACCAAAUACCAGACCCUGGAACUAGAGAAGGAGUUUUUAUUCAAUAUGUACCUGACGAGGGACCGUAGACACGAAGUGGCCAGACUCCUCAACCUGAGUGAGAGACAAGUCAAAAUCUGGUUUCAGAACCGAAGGAUGAAAAUGAAGAAAAUGAACAAAGAACAGGGCAAAGAAUGA